CUCUCUCUUUGUUGUUUUCCUUGUCAUUGUGUCGUUCGUUGUGAUUGUUGACCUUUGAACGCAAUCUCAUUCGUGCGAAAUCGCUCUCAAAAACAUCACAUGAUUUUUUCAAUCCGUCGUCGCUGCACCGCCGCCACCACGCCGACGACAAUGACGACGACGACAAUGACAGCGACAACCACGCCAACCCUGCUGCUCGCUGCCGUUGCAAUGGUGAUGGCUGCCGCUGUGAUUGGAACAACGAGCGCGUUCGACCCGCCGACUUACAACUCGACCGUGUACGAGGCCUUCUUUGCCAAGGUGCUGCUCAACCCGCUGCCGCCGCUGACGAGCGACCCGUACAACGACCCGACCAUCAACACGACGCUGCCGGACUUUGUGUGUGCCGCAAAGUACCCCGACCCGACCAACCGCACCAACUAUGUGCUGCAGACGUACACCGACCCGACCGCCGCGAGCAACGACGGCGCCUACGUGACCCACCUGCACCCGUGCGGGUACUGCUCGAGCGCCCAGGACAUGGCCGUCUACAUGCAAGACCCAAACCUCACCGACCCCGUCCGCAAGUGCUGCGCGCUCACCUACAUUUCGCAGGAAGAGUCGCUCAAGUGCCUCAUCAAGAUUGGCUUUACGGAGAACUGCGCGCGCAUUUGGAUGUACAACGGGAUUAACACCCGCAAGCACUGCUCCGACCUCUGCCUCGCCGCGUGGAUUGAGGGCACGCCAAGCAACGUCCCGCCAAAUUCGACCACCCUCAACCCGUGUCUGCAAUGCGACGAGGACCAGAGCGGACCCGUGUUCAAGCUGAUUGCCGGUCGCACCCGCCGCGACUCUGGCCUCCUGUCCAGCAUCAACCGCCCGCCGGACACGAUCUACGCCGUCUACCAGUACUGGUAUUGAGCGCGGGGAGGUGCGGUGAUGCUUUCGUUUUGUCUUUGGAUUCCGUUUGAGCUGUUGUUUGUUUCGAGUUUUUGUAUUGUGA